AUGACGAUGAGCAGUCUCCUACCUUCAGCAGGGGACGGAAACUGCUAUUACAUCCUGACAGAAGACUGUGCCUAUGGCAGCAAGUACUUCCAAGCUGGGAACAUGUGCUUCUGCAGCGAGAGAAGUUACCUGCGCAACUUCUCCGAAGACAGGCCCCCGGCUUGCUUCUUGAAAGUCAUCAUGCUUGAUGACAGCUCCACCGUCACGAUAAAUGUAGAAAUCCUUCAGCCUGUCCGCGAGGAGAUGGCCGUCUUCCUCCUGGCCAUCAGCAGCCACAACGAACGCUUGAACUACUUCUUGGAGAGGUUGAGCCUUGAAGCAGCUCUGCGGGCUGUGCCAGGCCAAAAAGUGAUGGUGGAGGUUGACCGGCAAUACUUCCCUGGGGUCAUCCGCUACAUCGGGAGCAUUUACAAAAACGUUUCAGUCGUGCUGUCUCCAUUCUUCUUCGGGGUGGAGUUACAGGGUGAGGGAGAGAACAGAGGGCGCAGUGAUGGAUCUUAUCACGGCACCGAGUAUUUCAAGUGUAAGCGGAACUGCGGGAUCUUCCUGCCCUUUAGCAGAGUCCAGUUUACUCCCACACUGGACGAUGACUAUCUGAAACAAAAGCCAAAAGCGGACACGGAGGAGGUGGUUCCUGUGAAAGUGGGAGAUGCAGUUAGCUUCUACGUGGAUGAAGUCCUCAGAAAAGGAAUAGCGAUGGCAGUUUACAGGGAGGGAACCCAAUGGUUCGUUAAAGUUUGUCCGGAAGAAGAAGGAACAACUGACAUUUUCAGAGAAAUCCCUAUGGACUCUGUGGUGAAGGAAAGCUUGCAAAGUUUAUUUUCACCGUUUGAGACCGACAUGGGCUUGGGACAUCCAAACCAAAUGAAACGAGAGAUAAGCGAGAGCGGUGAGGAGUGUGAAAGUGGGAAUUCCUCCCUGGAGGUGAACUCCAUGGUCCAGAUCACCUUGGACAAGGGAAAUCAGGUUUCGGGAAUCAUCCGCUGGUUGGGCUACCUGCCUCAAAUUAAGCACAAAAUGGCAGGAGUUGAACUGGAUGAAGAUAAGGGGGUCACUGCGGGUGAAUGGCUGGGCAAAUACUACUUCCACUGCGCUCCGAAGCGCGGCCUCUUUGUGAGGCUGCAGUCCUGCCAGCCCGACGUUCGCUUCCAGUGUUCACGCAACAGUGACUUGAGCCUCAUGGAUUAUAGAGGGCAAGAAGUUCUUCCACAGGCUCCAGACAGUUUUCCUCCCCUCAGAAACGAGGCGGCAGUGCAUGUCCUACAGGGGCGGAUGAAGGGGAUCCAAGGCCAUUGUAAUUCCUGCUAUAUGGAUGCAGCUCUCUUCAGCCUCUUCUCCUGUACGUCUGUGCUGGACUCCAUGCUCUUCAAGCCUUUCCCGCUGUGUGACAGGAAUGUCCAGAGCAUUCUGCGGGAUGAGAUUGUUAAUCCCCUCCGAAAGACUGGCUUCGUCAGGGCUAGGAGUGUGAUGCACCUUAGGGAGCAGUUAACUGAGAAAGGCCAGUGUUCAAGCUUUACCAACGCUGAGAAAGAUCCUGAGGAGUUCCUCAAUCUCAUAAUGCAUCAGAUCCUGGGAAUAGAGCCACUCCUGAAACUGCAGUCAGGAAGCCAGAAGGAGCAGGAGUGUUACUGUUACCAGAUAUUUAUGGACAAACAGGAGGAUCUGGUGGUUCCCGACGUGCAGCAGUUAGUGGAACGCUCCUUCCUGUCCUCUGAUCUGAAGCUAGUGGAGAUCCCAUCUUGUUUCAUUAUCCAAAUGCCGCGUUUUGGGAAGGAAUAUAAAAUGUUCAGCAAAAUCAUUCCUUCCUUGGAGCUGGAUAUAACAGAUCUGCUGCUUGACAGUCCCAGGGAGUGCUGCGUGUGCGGCAACGUCGCCACCCUGGAGUGUUCAGAGUGUUUCAAAGACAAGGUAUUCGCCGCUACGGGCCUGAAGCAGUUCUGCAGCUCCUGCUCCAGACAGGUUCACUCCCACUACCGACGCAAAACGCACAAGCCAACUAAACUGCACAUCCCAGAAGAGUUUCACAGCCGGAGCCCCCGGGGAAGCCAGCAGGUCCCUCGCGAGAAGAUGGAGCUCUUCGCAGUGCUCUGCAUCGAGACCAGCCAUUACGUCUCCUUUGUGAAAUACGGCCCCGAGAACAAACACUGGAUGUUCUUCGAUAGCAUGGCUGACAGGCACGGUGAUGAAAACGGCUUCAACAUUCCCACGGUAACGCUGUGCCCUGAAGUUGCCAAAUACCUGGACUUGCCACUGGCUGUGCUGGCCCUGGAGCAACCUCGGGAUAUGGAUGGAGUGGCCAAGCGCCUCUUCUGUGAUGCCUACAUGUACAUGUACCAGAGCAAGAAGAUGGUGCUUUACAAAUGA